UGCCGGCCCGCCGCCGCCACCGCUGCCGGCCCGCCGCCGCGGCGAGCCCAGCCGGCCGAAGCCUCCGCUGCCCCGCCCCCGGUACAGGAUCCCGGCAGCGCCUCCCUCCGUCAAGCAGCCGCUCCCACCAGCAGCGCCCCCCUCCCCGGAGCAGGCGCUCCCACCCAGCAACGCUGCCGACCGGAGCUACGCCGGCGACCAGUCCAUAGGGCAUCAACAUUGUCAAUUGGAGGGGCUUGGAACUGCUUCGGAAUCCACAGUAGAGCAAACACGAAGGAUAAUGGCUCAUCGUGGACACCUAGAUGGACUAAUGCGCCAUGGUGCAUUCUCUGGAGCCGGCCUCUCUGGCCGCCAGCCUUUGGAGCCUUCUCCUGCCACCAUACUGGAGAUCCUGGAAAACAAGCUUGCCGUGCAGACCGCAGAGGCAGAAAAACUUAUCCGAGAAAAUCAGCGAUUGGCAGAUAGCCAUGCAGCCUUGAGAAAGGAUAUUAUUGACACUGAGACAGAAAUGCAAAUGAUUCGCACCCACCUAGGUGAUGUCCAGGUAGAGACUGAUAUGCACAUGAGAGAUUUGGUGGAGAGAAUCAGAUUAAUGGAGGCAGACAUACAGGCUGGUGACGCAGUGAAGAAGGAACUUCACCAAGUGCAUAUGGAGGCAAAGCGACUUAUUACUGAAAGGCAGAUGCUUACUAAUGACUUAGAGGCUGCGACUAAAGAACUACAGAAGUACUCUGGUGACAAUAGUAACCUUACUGAAUUGGUUGCGGAGCUAGAUGGUCUACGGAAAGAGCAUCACAGUCUAAGAUCUGCCUUCGAGUAUGAGAAAAACACAAACAUCAAGCAAGUUGAGCAGAUGCGGACGAUGGAAAUGAACUUGAUAACCAUGACUAAAGAGGCGGACAAGUUACGAGCUGAUUUGGCAAAUGCUGCAAACAGAGCACAUGCAGCACAGGUUACACCUCCACAGCCUGGGACAGGACAAGCUGCAGCGGCUUCAGCAGCCACAAAUCCAUAUGCAAGUGCAUAUACCAGUCACCCCUCCGCAUAUCAGCAAGGAACUUCCCAAGCCGCGGCAUACCAGCAGGGAACUGCCCAAGCCGCGGCAUACCAGCAAGGAACUCCCCAAUCCGCGGCAUACCAGCAAGGAACCCCCCAAUCCGCGGCAUACCAGCAAGGAGCCCCCCAAUCCGCGGCAUACCAGCAAGGAGCCCCCCAAUCCGCGGCAUAUCAGCAAGGAGCCCCCCAAGCUGGAGCAUAUCAACAAGGGACAUACGGUUACCCAACAGCCUAUGAUUCUGCCACCGCUUACCAGCUGCAUGCUAAUGCGUAUGCUAGCUAUUCUGGCUAUCCAGUUGCAGGCUAUGCACAACCUAGCUAUCCUGGCACGUACGCUGCACCUCAGCAGCACCCAGUAGCCAGUGGCGCGGCUACUGAUACCACAAGCGUGUACGGUGCCGCUGGCAGCACGGGAUAUCCUGCUGCACCGGUUCAGGCAAGCAGCGGGGCUGCUAACGCGGGGCAAGCGGCGCCGCCAGCUUCUUAUCCUGCAACAUAUGACCCAACCAAAGCAGCCCAGAGGUGAAGUCCGGGGUUGUAACCUGAAGACGGCCUGUGUGCCUGCAUAUUUUAUCAAGAAAUUCUCAGGCCUCUUAUUUCCUUCAUGUACAUUCAUUCACUCCCUGUAGCUUUAUGCACACCAUGGAGCCGCUGCAAGUUGCAGUUUAUGGUCUGAGUCUUGAAUUGAUCUGUAUCUCUUGUUUUGCUGGAUGGUUGAAUUGAUUGGCGAAGCUGUUGAUUAAUAUCAGGGAUGUUAGAAUGACU